UCCGCGCGCAACUCUCACUCUACACACGCACCAAGACGCGCUGCCACCGCUCCUUUUGCGCGUGGCCAGCGAGGGAAUCCCCCCCUCCCCCUCCCAACCCCCACCGCCCGCAAACACGGCCGGCGCCUUCGCGUCUUCCCACAACAAAAAUAACAACUAACCCACGCGCGAGGGGCUUCUUCUUUCGCAGCAUGUCUUGACACACGGCGGAAGGGCUACCUACUUUUUACCCUCUAACUUCUUCCAAGUUCGAUCAGAACAUCUUGUGAAUGAGGCAGCCUCCAAAUGACGUCGAGAUGGCUUUAGGAGGGACCCUGCUGCCAUCCAUUUCCACCUUCACCAGCCCCGCUGUCAAGACCAAAACCAUAGGAAGUGCCAACCUAAGAUGGAAGGAGGAGCCGUCCCAUCUUAAGAGACUCAGCGUGCCAACGACCGGAAGCUCGGACGCAGCCCAUCCAACUGCCACCUGCACCACAAGCCCCAGCAUGUCCAAGAAAGACACUGAGCCAGACCUGGACUUGGACUAUGACUUCAUUCUGUCCAACUCCAUGCUCCAGCAGCAGCAACAGCAGCAGCAGCAGGACGAUCUUAUGGGGUGCGGUUCCGUCCAGGCUCUACCGCCCAGCUCGCCCGGGUCCUUCUCGUCCUCGUACCCCUUGCUGCCGUCCCCUCAGGGCUCGGCCGAGUUGCUCUACACCAUUCCGGACAUCAGUGACGUCUCGCCGUCCGGAGGCUUUGUAGCGGAGCUCAUGCGACCUGAACUGGACCCGGCGUACCUCCACCCUACCAGCCUGCACGGCAAAUUUGUGGUCAAGACCACAGUGGACCUGGGGGAGUACAACCCCAAGGCUUGUGUUAACGCCGCAUCAGACCGCCCCGCCUCACGGGCCUCGCCGCCCUUUACGUGCCACCGCAUAAAGCAGGAGGCUCCCAGUAACUGUUCCAUCUCGCAGCCGAUGGACCCGCACCGGCAGCGGCCCGCCCACCUCGAGCUGCACGGCUUCCCCGGAAACGGGGUUCGCUGCGCCAUGACGGGCGGCGGCAGCCGACUGUCCUCGUCGUCGUCGCUCUCCCCAGAUCACCCCCUGAGCCGCGAGCACCAGGUGUUGGGCCACCCUCACGCUCAGAUUCCUCUACCUCCCCACGGAUACCACCACAGCUCACCGCAAGGAUACACCGCCUACCCUCAGUCCACCGCCAUGCCACAGUACCAAGAUCCCCUCAUGGUCUCCGGCGGUGACUGCUUACCAGAGGAGCCCAAGCCCAAGCGGGGGCGCCGCUCGUGGCCCCGCAAGCGCAUCGCCACGCACACGUGCGACUACGUCGGCUGCGGGAAGACGUACACCAAGAGCUCGCACCUCAAAGCGCAUCACCGCACGCACACAGGAGAGAAGCCUUACCAUUGUGACUGGGAGGGCUGCGGCUGGAAAUUCGCACGCUCCGAUGAGCUGACGCGCCACUACAGGAAGCACACAGGCCACCGGCCGUUCCAGUGUCAGAAGUGUGACCGGGCUUUCUCCAGAUCGGACCACCUGGCCCUCCACAUGAAGAGACACUUGUGAGGAGGGGACUCCCAAAAAACAAACAAAGAAAGAUACAUUAAAAUGACAUGCUGUGGCGUUCGCAGCUAAAGACAAUCAAGACGAGACCUGCGAGCGUGGGUCAGAACGGGACCGAAAACUGGAAGUCAACUUUAUUUAUGUGACCAAACUCAAAGAGGACCAGCAACUGGAAUCUCACAUGGAAAAUGUCCAGAGGCCUUCAUUAAAUCGCCAAUGACACUGUAUUAAUAAUGCACAGCUAUAUUUAUACAUAUCUACAUUUCACCUGUCACUUCAGGUACAAUGUUAAUUAAUUUAUACCGAAUGGUGCUUUGUGACUUUUGCCCAAAAAGGUACCAAAGACGCGGUGACUAAGUGCCAAAUAUCUAGUGUUUCCCCUCUCUUCCACACUCAAUAAUCAGGUUUUGGAGCGGCGACGGCAAUCUGAGAAUGCACUGCAAGUUGCAUAGUGCAAUAAUUUAUAAGGAAACCUUGCUAUUUUUAUAAUGGAACGAGUGACUCUGAACAAAAAAAAAAAAGGGUUGAGGUUUUUCUUUUUUUGUUUUUAUAUAUGCCCAACUAAAAAAAAAUGUAAUAUAAUCUUCAACAUUGUACAUUUGUAGAUAAAAAAAUACUUUGUUAUUAAAUGUUUUGUAUUUUAUGGUAUAAUAAAAUGUAUUUCAAAUAAG